AUGUUCGCUUCUAAAAUUAUAUUGUUAAUACUUUCUCUUCUUAUCAAUGUUUAUUUCACAUCAGCGAAUCAGCGAAUUAGCGCAAUAAAAUGUAAAGAAUAUGAAAGCAUCACACAAAUUCCAUAUUAUGUCAGAAGCCAUCCAAAUUUUCCAGCUAGCAAGGUUGUUCUUAAUAAGUGUCGCCGGAGUGGGACUGGACUCGUCGUUGGAGGAGAAGAUGCAUUUUUAUUUGAGUUUCCUCAUCAAGCUCUGCUUGGAUAUCAGAAAUUUAAAGUUGAAUGGUCUUGCGGUGGUUCCUUAAUUUCACCUGAUUUCGUUUUGACUGCUGCACAUUGCUUAGACUCCAUAAAUACGGGACCUGUAACAUUCGUCAAAUUAGGAAUGAUAUCUCGCAUAGAAUCUAAUAAUUUUGUCAAAAUUUAUGGCAUUAAUGAGAAAUAUAAACAUGAAAACUACAAACAACAAACAAACAAUAAUGAUAUAGCACUUCUAAAGCUCAAUGACACUGUCAAGUUCAACGAAAAUAUUUUUCCAAUUUGCUUACCAUCCAAGCUGUAUGAAAGCGAUGCAAUUCUAACUGGAUUUGGUAGAACUGGUGGAAAAGAAGCAACUUCCGAAAAUUUACUUAAAGUUGGAUUGCAACAUUUUACAUACUCAUAUUGUCGAGAAUUGUUUAAUGUUAGAUCCGAACGGGUAUUUAGAGACACUAUGAUAUGUUAUGGUCAUCGAACCGAUAAGAAAGAUGCCUGCCAAGUAAGAUGCUAGGUGGCCCACUUCAAAUUUAUAGUGAUCACAUAUCGAAAUGUACAUACACUCAAAUCGGUGUAGUCAGUUUUGGACCUGAAAAAUGUGGAACUAGCGGCAUUCCUGGUGUUUACGCUAACGUAUACCAUUAUUUAGACUGGAUUGAAGGAAUUGUGUGGCCAGAUGAAAUAUAA